AUGGGUACUGCUCAAGAAAACUUUGAUAAAGGCGUCCAGCUUCGUUUGGAUGGCAACGAAGCAUUCAAAAAGCAAGAUUUAAAGCAAGCUUUGACACACUACUACAAUGCGCUCUUGCAUUUGAAGGCUGUGGGUGGACAAAAGGAGGAAUCGAAAUUUAAGCAACAAAGUAGCGAGCAACUUGUCAUGAUUUACAACAACAUGUCUGCCGUCUUUGCCAAGCAAGACCGUUGGGAUCGUGUCUUGUUUUAUGCAACCAAAGCAAAUGAAUUGGAUCCUACAAACACAAAAUCAAAAUUUAGAAUGGGACAGGCCCAUUUAAGAGCUGAAAACAUUGAAAUUGCAAAAUCAUUGCUUGAGGAAGUGCAGAAGCAGAAUCCCGGAGAUGCUCUAGUCAAGCAAGAAUUGGCCAGGGUGGCUGCUGCUAAUAAAUCAAUGGACGAAAAGGAAAAGUUGAUCUACAGAGCCAUGAUGAGCAAGUUGAACGAGGAAAAGAAUAGCACAAAGAAAUAG